AUGGCAGGUAUUUCCUGGACUGAAGGAGUCUCCAAUGAGACAGUUGCCAAUGCCAGUUCAGAAUUCAGCGUGGAAGCAGACUUCCAGUAUUCCUUGUUUACUGUCAUCUACAGCGUUGUCUUCGUGCUGGGACUGAUAGAAAAUGUCUUAGCUCUGUACCUCCUGUCCUGCAAAGCAAAGCACAUGUCUCAAUCCUACGUGUACCUGAUUAAUCUAGCGCUGGUAGACACCUUGUUUGUUUGUGUGUUGCCUUUUAAAAUUCAUUACCACCUGAAUCGGAACAAUUGGAUCUUUGGUGACAUGGCUUGUAGGAUCACUGGGACUUUGUACUAUAUCAACAUCUAUCUCAGCAUUGCCUUUUUCACCUGCAUUUGUGUUGAUCGCUACAUCGCAGUGUUGCACCCCUUCACGUACAUCCAGAUCAAAGUCAUCCAUUAUGUGAUGGUGGUUGCAGUCCUUUGGGUGGUGGCUCUAAGUGUCACGGUUCCACUUAUCCUCGGAGGUCCCCUCCACAACAGUGCUGCGAGGAAUGUGACAGCGUGUUUUGAGAACUUUACUACGAGUAGCUGGACUUACCGCAUGGCACCUUACAACAUCAUCGCCUUAGUUUUUGGGUUUGUGAUCCCAUUUUCCAUCAUUCUGAUCAGUUACCCUCUCAUUGCGAAGAGGGUGUCCCAGAUCAAGCACAGCGUUCGCAAGAGGAAAGCCCUGAGCACCAUCUACAUCAUCUUGCUCAUUUGUACUUUGUGCUUUCUCCCCUAUCAUCUUACCCACUUGCUCCACUUUUUAAUGAGAAUCCAGGUCAUCCAGAAUAAGUCAUUUACCAACUUGAUCUACAAAAUGCGAAGGGUCACCUUAGCCCUCGUGAGCUUCAACAGUUGCCUUAACCCACUCUUGUACUACUUCACCUCUUCCAGCAAGCGAUGGCGCUGCAACUUCAAGCUCAGAUUCAGAUCUAAAAUAGUGUACACAAUCUGUGACCAGAAAUUCGGGGAGUCCUCCUAUGUUUAUAAAGCACAAGAGAGACACGGAAAUAAACACGGAGAUGGGAACAACUGA